ACCUACCCGGGCACCUAGAUAGUAGGUACCUAGGAGGUCGGUGCCUACACGUCGGUAUGUCAAAGAGGUAGGUAUCCAAGGCAUCAAACCAAAAAGCGCCCUAGCAUUUCGAAAUCGCCUUCCAUCAACGCGCCCUAUAAAACCGGCCCGCCAUGUAUGCUCUCGCAUUGAUUGCGGAACUGAACGGGGUCACCAACCUCCGCCCCCAGGAUACUGUCGAGAACCCAUUCUGGUAUACUUUCACGGUUCAAUGCACGUCCUGUCGGGAGACACACGGCAAACCGGUGGCCGUCAACAGAUUUGAAACGAACGAGUUGAGUGGUAGCAGGGGAGAGGCUAACUUUGUAUGGAAAUGCAAGAACUGCAAGCGGGAAUCAUCUUGCUCUAUCAAGGCGGGGCCCAAAGCGUACAAACAGAACGAGCCGCCGAAGCGACAGUCCAUCAUCGAGUUCGACUGUCGGGGCUUGGAGUUCACAUCUUUCUCUCCAGAGGGGGAAUGGCUAGCGGACGGCACGGAGUCGGGGACCAAGUUCAACAGCAUAGACUGCCUACGGGACGGUGAAUGGUACGAUUAUGACGAGAAGGCUGGCGACGAGGUGAGCAUCAAGGACCUGAAGUGGGAUAUUACGAGGGUCUGAAGUCUGUGUAAAUGAAAGUAAGGUGAUAGGCCUGGCGCAUUCAGAUUGAUAUUCCCAAGCUGAAAUUCGGAUAAACCACUCUCCUUUUCGAGGCCAGAGGCAGUUACCGUAGAGGCGGGCUGUUUACCGCUUACAUAAGGUAGAACUUGGCCUGGUGUAGAAGUGGGGCAAGAG